CGCGGGGGGUCCAGGGCUCCCUUAUAAAGCGCCCUCUCGGAGUGACGCCCGCCCAGCCCAGCCGGUGCCCACGCGCGGCCCUCCUGCGCGCACCCACCCCCCGACAGACAGACGCGGCUGCCUGAGUCACCCUCUCUAGAGCGGCGUCCCCGCCGGGCUCCUAGCUCUGGAUCGCCGACAGGCCGGGCUGCGCCAGAAGAAAACCACCCGCUGGCUGUUGCCAUUCGCGCCCUGCUCCCGCGGAAAGGCCGAGAGAAGGGACGAUGGAGCCAGCGGCGGCGGCGGCGGCAGCAGGAGGGUCGCCCCGAGAGCCCCGCAGCAAAGCGGCCAACGGUGGCGGGCAGCAGAAGCCGGGGGGCUGGGAGGAUGCCAAGGCGUUCUACGACAGCCUGUCCCCCAAAAAGAAACCCAAAUCACCAAAACCACAAAAUGCCAUCACCAUUGCCGUGUCAUCCAGAGCCCUGUUCCGUAUGGAAGAGGAGCAGAAGAUUUACAGUGAGCAGGGUGUGGAGGCCUAUGUGAAUUACCAACUGGAUCACGAGAACGAGCCCUUUCUGCCAGGAGCAGCCUUCCCUUUUGUCAAGGCAUUGGAAGCCGUCAACACCCAGCUGCGGCAGCUCUACCCAGAAAGCGAGGAACUCUUUGAUAUCGUCCUCAUGACUAACAACCAUGCGCAAGUGGGAGUCCGCUUGAUCAACAGCAUCAACCAUUACAAUCUGUUCAUUGAGAGGUUUUGCAUGACAGGUGGGAACAGCCCUAUUGGCUACCUGAAGGCCUACCACACCAACCUGUACCUGUCAUCUGACUGUGAGAAAGUGAGUGAAGCCAUAGAAGAGGGAAUUGCUGCAGCCACCAUCUUCGGCCCCAGCAGGGACAUGCAAGUCACUGAGGAUCAGCUGCGCGUAGCCUUUGAUGGAGAUGCUGUGCUGUUUUCAGAUGAGUCUGAGCAGAUUGUGAAGGCUCAUGGCCUCGACAAGUUCUUUGAGCAUGAGAAGACUUAUGAGAACAAGCCACUUGCUCAGGGGCCGCUGAAAGGUUUCUUGGAAGCUCUUGGGAAACUUCAGAAGAAGUUCUACUCCAAAGGGCUGCGCCUGGAAUGCCCCAUCCGCACCUACCUCGUCACAGCCCGCAGCGCUGCCAGCUCUGGGGCCCGUGCCCUAAAGACUCUCCGGAGCUGGGGACUAGAAACAGAUGAAGCCCUCUUUCUAGCUGGUGCCCCCAAGGGACCCUUGUUGGAAAAGAUUCGCCCACACAUCUUCUUUGAUGACCAGAUGUUCCAUGUGGAAGGGGCAAAGGAGAUGGGCACCAUUGCAGCCCAUGUCCCUUAUGGGGUAGCUCAGAGAUCCAGGCGCAUGGCACAGGGAAAACAAGCUCAGAACAGCAAGUAGCAACAAAGGGUGGAACUGGGCUGGAGCUGUUUUUGAUACGUGGAGAGCAAUGACUCUGUCAGGGGAUGAAAAGUUAGAGGACAUCUUCCCCGAGUCCUAGAACCAAAGGUGUUGGGAUGGCAGGUAUCUUCUUUUGGGUGGGUUGUCUAAGAGAAGCUUCCCUUGCGUCUACCUGUGUACGUUGCACUUUAUAGAAAUGCUGUUCCCUCUGUCUUGCCUUUAUGCUUCUGUGCCCGUCACACCUUCACUAUGCCCUUGGUGCCAGUAUCUGUUGGUGGACCUUGAAUUCAGUCCUGCCUCUCCACUCACGAUGCUUCAAGAAUGAUUGCCACCUGAUCUUUUUACUUCUGAAUAUUCAUGAUGGGUAUUGUUUUUGUUGUGACCUGCUAUAAGGGGGCUGUGGUGAUCACACGGUUCAACAAUUGCAUUGUGCAGAAUUUGUUACGGUGCCAAUUUAAGCAUUGUGAAAAUCCCAGCUUUCAACACUUGUUUUGGAAAAAAAGGCAAUAUCUAGCUUUUAAGAUUGCAGGGAUAAGCUUGAAAACACGUGGGCUAUUGCUUGAUGGCAUUUCUGGAAUCAGAAGUCUCAGAGAGCAGGUGGUGAGGCUGGGCACCGCUGGGUGACCUUCCAAGACAAUCAAGCUGUGUCCCCCCACACUGAGCACCCGAAAAAGUUCUAAAGCAGUGGUGAGGCAAUUCUCUGUCUUCAUACUCCACCUCUUCUGGGCCAGCAGGGCCCAUUGUGCACCUCAGAGCCAAAAGGUGUCUCUGUCAGAAACAGAUUGACUGAGUAGGCUUCUAGGGUCAGAAAGUGUUCUGUACAGUUAUUUACCAUUGCUUCUGGCCAAUGGAAGCUGAAUAAUAAUGCAAAACCCAACGAUAAAAGCACAUUUGCUUCACUUGUGUUAAAAUUUUGUUUCCUUGGCACACCGUUCUGGAUUUUCCCUCCCUACGAGGGAUGGAAUUCACUUGGUGGUGCCAGCUGGGAUCGCAUUCCACCAAACUGGCAGUCAGUUUCGGUUUGCGUUCAUUAUUUUUCAGUGAUCCUUUGCUUUCACCAGUUUGGGUUUUUCCUUUCCCGAAAAAUAACAAUAUUAUUAGGGUUAUUUCUAACAAUGCUUUCCUUUUGGAAAGGAAAGCGGCUUUCUUUCUGCCCAGUACCCACCACCCAAUCCUCCCCUUUGCCUCCCCCUCCUCCAGAAUCAUAUUGGAUCCUCCCCCCCCCAGCCAUGGAAGAAAGCGAGGGAUCACCUCAUCAAUUACCAUGGGAGACAGUAAGAGACUAUUUGGCUAGUUUCACCUUAGCAAAGCAAAGAGGCAGGCUGGUCAGUUUCACGAGUUUGGACUGGAGAAGAUUUCCCUCUGAAACCCUGGAGAGACAUUGGCAGUCAAUAUAGAUGGUUCCCUUCCACCAGCCUCCCGAUUUUGCAGUGUCCCUUCCCCUUCCAUCCACUCUUCAAGACCAUCAGUAGAAAGGAGGUGGGGGGGAUUGGGGGGGCAGGCGUGGGGCUUUCUGUCUGGUUUUGCACAGCAGCCUGCUUUCCAGGUUGCUAUUGAAACGCUACAGCAAGCAAUGAUUGUUAAUGCCAACCAUGAACACCUCAUUGACUGACGUUUAAUAGAAUACAAUGAUAACAAUAUUGUUAUAUUUGAUGCAUUUAAAAAAAAAACCUGGAGUCAGGAAAAGAAGCUUGCAGCAUUCAGGAUCGGCGUGCAAAGACAGUGAACGUGUGAACUAGAGGGAUGUGUUGGUGCCAAGUUCGAUUUAGCGAAAUUCUCGCCCAUCCCUAUCCUCUUCCCCAACCUAAAAUAUUCACCAGCUCCUCCUGUUAAGUGACUGGGGGAAACUGGCAGUGUUGUUAUGCCUGUCUUUGAGAUUGAAUGGAAACACUGUUUUGGCUACAGCAUUAAAUUCCUGCAGUGUGGAGCUGGUCACUCAUCCUUCGCUGAGCAAUAAGGAGCGCCAGAGUGCCUUUGCAGGGUCAGUUUUCUUGAAGAGAGAGAGGGCAUAUUGGGAACAAUUUUCAUAGAAUCCUAGAAUAGUAGAGUUGGAAGGGGCCUAUAAGGCCAUCAAGUCCAACCCCCUGCUUAUCUUUUCAUUUCUCAGUUCUGAGAAAAGAUAUUAAAUAAAGGUGGUAUUCAUGAGAGACUCAGUGUGCUGCAGUUGACAGUACUGGACCUGGAAUAUGAUGGCCAAGCUUCAGACCCCCACUAAACCAUGAAGUUCAUGAACAAAUCAUUCUUGCUCUGCCUUACAGGUUUGUGGUGAGGAUAAGAUUAGACAACAACACCCCCCAUGCCUGUACACCAUCUUUAGAGGGCAAGCAGGCUAUAAAUGUGAUAAAUAUAACAUCCAGAAACUUUCCGUUCCAAGUGUGUCUGGGACCUCAUUACCAUUUACCACCAGGUUUUGUCGGUGGUGUUUCAGAAGGUUUUUUUAAAAAAUAAUGUGGCCUCUUCCAUUUUUCACCAGUCCUGCAUUUUCCUCUCUAUGCUUGCGGGCUGUGCUGGUAAUGUUGGGGCAAACUUAACUGCCUCAAAAUAGUACCCCUCCCAUUUGCUGUAGAGGAAACUGUCAAAGGUCCUGCUUCUGUAUCUGCAGGUGAUCUUCCUUGGGAUCAAAACAAUGCAGUUAAUGGCUGUCUGUCCUUAUGCGUGUGUUAUCUUUAAUAAAUUAUCUCUCUGUUAUCACUCA